CGUGCCAUCUUUAGCCAGCUGGUAAUAAAAAAAAUACACAAGCCAUCGAAAUACGCAUCAAAAGCGUUUUUCCUUUCAAUAUUUUGAAAUAUUCAGUUGUUUAAGCAAGAAAAUCACUUAUAAAAGAUGACCACAGCCGCGCGGCCCACCUUUGACCCCGCCCGCGGUGGCUCCGGGCGAGGCGAGAAGGACCUGAGCGCCCUGAGCAAACAGUACUCCAGCCGCGACUUGCCAGGCCACACCAAGCUGAAAUACAGGGAGACAGGCCAGGGCACCAGCGAGGAGAUCCGCGGCCGCGACUUCCGCAAGGAGCUGGAGGAGCGUGAGCGUGACGCUCGUUCUGGGGCUGGUUCUGGCAAGGCCCUGCCCUCCAUUGUGCGCAAGGCCAUCGAGGCGAACAGCGCCGGCGGCAAACGGGCCAAGCCGGACACCGCCCAGCAGCAGCAGCUGCAGCAACAACAGCAGGCCGCCAAUUUGGAUGCGGAUGAGCCGCUGGACAACGACAGCUCCGAUUCGGACAGCGACUCGGAUGACGAUGAUGCUGCCCUGCUGGCGGAACUGCAGAAGAUCAAGCAGGAACGUUUGCAGGAGACGGCGCGCCGCGAUGCCGAGAAGAAGCAGGAGGACGAGCGGAUUCGGAUGGAGAACAUCCUCUCUGGCAAUCCCCUGAUCAACUAUGAGCCCGGCACUGCUGCCUCGGCAGCGGGUCGAGCCUCUGGACUCGGCGGCGACCUUAAGAUCAAGCGCCGCUGGGACGACGAUGUCGUCUUCAAGAACUGUGCCCGAUCGGCGCCCGAAAAGAAGACUCACUUUGUCAACGAUGCCCUGCGUUCCGAUUUCCACAAGAAGUUCAUGGACAAGUACAUUAAGUAAAAAGCAUCUAAAUCAUUUGAAUAAUUGCUUUUUCUGUGUAAUAGUUUAGGUCAAUAACAAAAUUGUAACAUUUUUUGUAUGGCCGUCAGCCAUCCAUUGUUAAGUAAACUCAAAGCUUUGUAAGAAGAAA